AUGAGUAAAAAAUGGGCGGUUACAAUUACGGUCUCCCUGUUCACCUUUAUCUCCCCGGUCUCGUCCUCUAUGGUUGCCCCCGCCUUGACAAAGAUCGCCGAUGAGCUGAAGAUACAAUCUGAGGUUGAAACCCAACUGACUCUCUCUAUCUUUGUGCUAGCCUACGCAGUGGGUCCGCUGUGUUUUGGGCCCCUCUCUGAAAUUUUUGGUAGAGCCUACGUUUUGCAGUUUAGCAAUCUUUGUUACGUGGGCUGGAACCUAGGUUGUGGGUUUGCGCAGACGGCAGGCCAGUUGAUUGCCUUUCGAUUUAUGAGUGGGAUUGCGAGGAGUGCUCCUUUAGCCAUUGGGGGAGGUGUAUUAAGCGACUGUUGGAAUGCCGAUCAGCGAGGAAAGGCCGUCGGAAUUUACAGUUUGGCGCCUCUGCUCGGCCCAGUGGUGGGCCCGAUUGCGGGUGGUUUCAUUGCAGAAACAAGCAGCUGGCGCUGGGUUUUCUGGUCCACCAGUAUCGCAGGUGCGGUCAUUCAACUCUUCGGUCUGGCAUUCCUCCCCGAGACCUAUACACCGACAUUGCUGAAACGGCGGGCAAAGACUCUCCGCAAGGAAUCGGGUGACCUGCGCUACUAUACAGAAUUUGACUCAAUGAUCGCCUUAUAUAUGGCGUACCUCUUCGGGUUGUUUUAUCUGCUUCUGUCGACCUUCCCGGGGGUAUGGGAAGGCGUGUACGGAGAGAGCGUCGGCAUUAGGGGGUUGAAUUAUAUCUCACUGGGUAUUGGCUUUGUGCUUGGGGCACAGGUAAAUGCUCGCGCGAGUGAUCGGAUCUUCCGCCAGCUGAAGAUAAAGCGGAACAACACAGCUGUUCCAGAAUUUCGCAUCCCUGCCAUGUUCAUCGGAUCCCUGUUUAUUCCAGUUGGACUGUUCUGGUAUGGCUGGAGUGUGCAGGCGCGCAUUCACUGGGUGAUGCCGAACAUUGGAAUUGUCAUCUUCUCCAUUGGAUCAAUCAUCUGUUUGCAGUGCAUGCAGACGUAUGUUAUUGACAGCUACACUCGGUUUGCUGCGAGCGGACUCGCUGCCGUCGUGGUGCUGCGCAGCCUUGCAGGCUUUAGCUUUCCUCUGUUUGCGCCGUACAUGUACCAAGCCCUGAAUUAUGGCUGGGGGAACAGUUUGCUAGGGCUGCUCAGCAUUGUUAUUGGGGUUCCCGCUCCAUUUUUGUUCUGGUUCUUUGGGGCAAAGCUUCGCGGGACGUCCCGGUAUGCUUCUGGAUAA